AUGAAGUCUUUUUUGAGGGGUUUAGAAAUGAGAAGGAGAGAGUCCUCUGUUAAAGAGUUGUUGACAACUGAAGUUAUGACAACCGUGAAAAGCAUUCAAUUUGAAUUCUCUCAGGAAUGUGAAGCUAGUGGUGAAACAAUCAAUUCAUUAUGUAAUGUUUUAGAAGCAAUGUUUAUUCAUGGUUUAAAAGAAUCUUUGGCUGAUCGUAUGACAUCAGUACUUGGUGAUCCAGAUCAAAGGCCCAGUCCAGAGUUUUGGAGUGUGUUAAUGAUAUUUUCUCAUAGUGAAGUAAUUAAACAGAUAACCAAACUGAGCCAGAUUACAACUGAUGUAGGACGUUCUAGAGCAUGGCUUCGCCUGUCGUUAAAUGAAGGCAUGAUAACAAGUUAUCUUAUGAUGAUAAGCCAAGAUAAUUCAUCGCUUUCUCCGUACUAUAAACGUUUCGCAUUUCUGAGAGAUCUUGAAGCUUUAGGUGUGGUCACUAAGUUGCUUGAAGGCUUGGCAGGAUUCUCCUUUUCCCUCCCGACCAACUCGAGUGUGUUGAACAAUUGGUCGAAUGCUCCUUUGUUGUUAGCCGGCCUUUGGACUCCUCCAAUGAAAGAGGUGCCAAUUUCUGUUGGAACAGAUAUUGCUAAAGGUCUACCAGUGGAUAAUGAUAAAUCAGAAACUAUUUCCGUGUCUUCUAUACCCAGUAGUUCUGGAAAAUAUGUUGAAGAUGAAGCUUUUAAAAAAAUUCUAGGAACUCCUGUUGAGGGUAGUCCCCUCCAUUCUCAUAUGAACUUGUACGAUUCAGAAGAAAAAAGCACAAAUGAUGUUGAAUUUCCCUUUGAGGCUGCAUCUACUUCCACUGAUGUCCCACCUCCUUCAAAGGUUAUGAACACCGAUGAUAAUCAAUCAGAGGAAGAGGAAUCUGGAUUAGAUGUCCAAUUGAUUUCAAGUGCUGAUGAAGAAAAAAUGGCUGAUAACAGUACAUUGGAGAGUUAUCAUAAAAUAAUAGACAGUUAUAAAGUAGAUAACAGCACUAUGCAAAAACCUAAUAUUGAUGAUAUAAUAAACAAAUUUGGCCCUAAUAUAAAUAAACCUAUCUCACCUAAACGUCAGUCAACAUCUCAGCGUAUGUUAAAGAGUCAGACUUCUAAUGAUUUUGAGGUGAUUGAAGAAUCAGCAAUAAAUUUUAACAUUCCUGAGUUUAAAUCGCUGGUGGAACAGCUGGGGAAGAUAAGAAAUGAAAAAGGACUCGUUGAUCAAAAUUUUUCAUGUAAGGAAUGUGGGCAGUUAAUUGGCCUUUCUUUUGGCAAUGUUAGUGUGUGUUCCUUGACUGGCUGUUAUUAUUGUCCAGAUUGUUUCAAAUCUUCGGAAUUUCCAUUACCUGGAAGAAUAUUGCAUAACUGGGAUUUUUCUCGUUAUGUAGUUUGUGGCAAGGUUGCUACGUUUUUACAAGAAAUACAAGACUUUCCACUUUUUGAUGUGAGGAAGAUAAAUCCAAAACUAUACCUAGUUUUCUCAGAAAUGUCUUCUUUGCAGAAGCUGAGACUUCAGUUAAAUUUUCUAAGAAUUUAUCUUUUUACCUGUCAUGAUUCAGUGAAGGAAAGGAUAAAAAGGAUAUUAUGGCCUAGAGAGUAUCUCUAUGAACAUGUUCAUCUUUACUCUUUGACGGAUCUAUUUGAUAUACCUAGUGGUAAACUUGUGGAUCUCCUGAAAAGAGCCAUUAAGAUUUCUAUAGAUCAUGUUCUUACCUGCCAAUUGUGUUCCCAAAAGGGAUUUAUUUGUGAAGUGUGCCAUGAUGAUAAAGCCAUCUACCCAUUCGACAUUGAGACAACACACAGGUGUCCUUCGUGUAGAACAGUCUACCACCUUAGUUGUAAAAAAGAUAUAUGCCCAAAAUGUGACAGGAUAAAGAAAAGAAAAGAAAAUGCUAAAUCCAUGCCGGAUCUGUAA